AGAUGCUUUUGAGUCUUGACAGCUUCCUUUCUUCAAUCGCAUGGUGGGAUUGGAAGCUCAACCCCGCCUUGAGGAGCUCCCAAACCCGCGGUACAAAGGAAAGCGACCCCUCAUGCGAGAUGUCGUAGAGCUGUUGUCUACGCAUCAUCGUCGCUCCUUUAUUUAUUUCCUGCCUCUCUACUAUCACGCGAAACUGACUCUUAUCUCUGACUAGCGAGCUUGGGGGAAACAAGAACGAAACAAAAAAAAGCAUCGAGAGUUGUUAUAAGAUAGCAAAAGUAUCUGAUAUAGCUCCAUCGUCAUGGCGUCGGAGCUACCUUUCAAGUUGAACAACAAGGAUAUAUUUCGCGACAACUCUCUGAUCAAUGGAGAGUGGCUUGAAGCGCAAUCGAAGAAGCGCUUCGACGUUGUUGAUCCCGGUACUGGUAAAACAUGGGCUACAGCACCAGACAAUGGACCCGAAGAUGUAGAGAAGGCUGUCAAGGCAGCUCAUACAGCCUUUGAGUCCUACCGCAAGGUCAACCCUCGUACCAGAGCUCAAUGGCUUUUGAAGUGGGAUGGACUCAUUCGAGAGCACCGAGAUGAUAUUGCAAAGAUUGUGACCUAUGAGACUGGCAAGCCGAUCGCCGAGAGUCAGGCCGAGCUCGACUAUGCUCUGGGUUUUACCUGGUGGUUCGCCGGAGAGGCCGAAAGAAUUCAAGGCACAGUUUCUACACCUGCAGCACCAGGUCGUCGUGUCUUCACCAUCAAGCAGCCCAUCGGUGUCGCUGUAGCACUCGUACCCUGGAACUUCCCCAUCGCCAUGAUCUUGCGUAAAGCAGGAGCAGCUCUGGCAGCAGGAUGUACCAUGAUCGUCAAACCAUCACCCGAAACACCACUUUCUGUCUUGACUCUGGGUUACUUGGCUCUGCAAGCUGGCUUUCCUCCUGGAGUGUUCAAUGUCUUGACUACAAGCCUUGACAACACGCCUUCCUUGUCCGAAGCCUUGUGCAGACAUGAGCUUGUCAAGAAGGUUACUUUCACAGGCAGUACGCGUGUAGGCAAGCUCAUUGCUAAGAUCUGUGCCGACGGCUUGAAGAAAGUAACCUUGGAGCUCGGAGGAAAUUGUCCCUUCUUAGUCUUCGAAGAUGCCGACCUCGAACAAGCUUCCAAUGCACUCAUGGCACUCAAAUGGCGCCACGCGGGUCAAGCCUGCAUCACCGCCAACCGCGUCUACGUCCAAAAAUCAAUCUACGACAAAUUCGCCACCAUCAUGCUCGACAAGACGAAAUCCCUCACCAUGGGCCACGGCAGCGAUUCAAAAACCACCCUCGGCCCCGUGACCACCGACCGCGGUCUCGACAAGGCAGAAUCCCAAGUCGCAGACGCCCUCUCACAUGGAGGAAAAUUGCUGCUCGGAAGUGGUAAACGAGCAACCAAUAGCGAGGGUUACUUCUUCGAACCAGCGAUUAUUGGAAAUGCGAAUAAGGAUAUGUUGAUUGCGGAUGAAGAGACUUUUGCGCCAGUGCUUGCGCUGUUUCCGUUUGAGGAUGAGGAGGAGGUGGUCAAGAGGGCUAAUGAUACUAGUAUGGGGUUGGCUAGUUAUUACUUUACGAAGAAUGUUGAUAGGACGUGGAGAUUGUUUGAGAAUCUUGAGGCGGGUAUGAUUGGGAUUAAUACUGGUAAUUCAUCUGCUGCGGAGAGUCCAUUUGGAGGUAUCAAGGAGAGUGGAUAUGGUAAGGAGUCUGGUAAGGAUGUGGCGGUCAAUGAGUAUUUGAUCACCAAGACUGGUACUUUUACUCUCGAUGGCCAGUACUGAGCGACGAUCGGAAGCAGCGCUCAAUUCGUAAUGGAAGAGCAACGUAAUUGAUUUGUUUAAAUGCUCGUGCCUUUUCACAGCUGUAGCGUCACCACAAUUUUAGCUCAAGAUCCUCCGCCUCCUCCCACGCACUAUUCGCACCACCCCGACAAAGCACUGU